GGCCCAUUAGGCCAAGUGUUCCCUUUAUGGGACGCAAGCAAUGGCAAAAAUGUAACAAUUGAACUGAAAAGUGUUUUGUAACCUUCCAUUUUCCUUUGAUACCCUGCAUCUACUGCAGCAGAUUCAACACCCAAACGCCCACCGAGAGAGAGACACGCAGAGAGAGAGAGAGAGAGAUGAAGAAAUCGGGUGCAGAGAAGAAGAGGGUCAGACGAUCAUCGAGCGCUUUACAGAACGGCAACAGAGAUCCCAACGCCGACGCCCCUCCCAAGAAACAAGCUGCCAAGAAGGAUGUGUUCCAGUUAUUUGCUGAGAAGGUCAGAGACCAUAAGGGUUUGGAAUCUAGGUGGGCUGUGUUACAGGAGACUCGUGUGGAAUACUUUAGGGGAAAAGAUUUUGUUAGCUUUUUGAAAAGUCAUCAGGAGGUCAAAGAAAUACUUGAAUCAGAUAGGAGUCUUGAAGUAGAAGAUAUUGGCGAUGCUCUAUUGAGAAAAAAUCUGUUAGUGCGAUGUGAUCGUGUAGUAAAAACUGUUCGUCCUGGGAAGAAGAAGUUGUCUACCUGGCCUGCACAUCUAGAGAUCUUUCCUGAUCAAGUAUUUUCAGAAAACGAUGCCUUUUUUGCAUGGACAUUUGUAAAAAGAAGGCCACUCUGGCAGACACUUCUCUCAUUUUUCUGGCCUGUCUUAACGCUAGCGAUAUGCUUGUUUCCUGUAUAUCCCCAUCGGUGCAAGCUACUGAUACUCUACUCAUGCGCAGGGGUUCUUCUACUUAUACUGUGUCUUCUUUUGGUAAGAGCCACAAUCUUUGGCGCCAUAUGGAUCAUUCUUGGAAAGCGGGUUUGGUUUUUCCCCAACAUUCUUGCAGAGGAAGCAACAUUGCGAGAAUUGUUCCGUUUUUGGCCCAAGAAAGAUGAGGAGGAGCGACCAAAGUGGACAGCAAGGCUUUUCUAUGCAUUAGUGUCUGUGCUGGUCAUAUUGCUGCUGAGGCAUCAUGCCCCUGAUGAGGCUGCCAGAGCCAGGUAUCAGAAGCGAGUCUCCAACAUAAUUGAUGAUGUUCUUGAAUGGUCUCCGAGGUUGGCUCUGUCUGGGAUGAUGGAGAAACCACAAACUGUGACUAAUGCCACAGAACCGAACAACAAUUUCACGGCAGAUGGGAGCAAGGCUGCUGAAGAUAAUGGGUCAAAUGGAGCAACCAUCUCAGAACAUGAGGAUGAAGUCGUUGGCAGUCUAGAGGAUGCUGAUGAUCAUCAUGAUCAUUCUCAGGAUACUAUAUGAUUGCACCCCAUGCGGAUUUUAGAUUACAAUUUGAUAUAUAUAUUUUUUUGGAUUUUAAUCUCUGCUUUUCUGAGUGUAGAACUGUGUAAUGAAUCUGUAAUGAAAAUAAAGCAGGUGGUUUCAAA